UCAAUAUUUGUCGUCAAUUUGACAAUAAUAAUCAAUUGUAAUAAACGAUUCAAGUUUAGGAAUAAUUUAUAAAAUCAAUAAUUAGUACUUAUAAAUUAUUACUGUUUAUCAUACUAUAUAAUUAUAGUCAGGAAUGAGUAAACGAAUUUGUAGGUUAUGUUUAGCUCAUCCUUCAGUUUGCUAUUCGUUGCUAGAAGGCAGUCUUUCAGAUAUGUUGGAAACUUUAACUUCAAUUAAGGUUGAUGCUAGUGAUAUAUCACCUGUAAGUUGUUUAAAAUGUUUACUAAAUAUGAAACUUGCAUUCAAUAUUCGACAGAACUUUAUAAAAUCUGACGAAAAACUAAAAGAACUAGCAAUUUUAAAUAACGUUGAAGUGAAAUUAGAAGUGUCUGAAGUAGAUUUAGUGCAAGAAUCUACACAAGAAAUGAAUUUAAUUCAAGUUGGGGCUGAAAUAGAUUCGCUAUGUCUUUCUUAUUGUAUAAUUUGUGGUGACAACGUGGCUGAAAAAACUCUAGCAAAACAUAUGCGAGAACAUUUCGCCAAGGAGCAAAUAUGUGAUAUAUGUGACGAAUCAUUUAUUGAUCUUGAGGAAUACAAAAGCCACAUCAAUUUGAAACACCCUCAAACCAGUCACAAGUGCCCCUAUUGUGAUACAAGCUUUAGAUACAAGAACUUAUACAAUAUUCACUUGAGCCAAGCUCACAAAACAUUUGAUAAAAAACGAGAGACUAACGACCCAGGGGGCCCCUUCACAUGCGACGUGUGUCAGAAACAAUUCACCUGUAAACGAAAAUUUAAAAGUCAUUCCCACCAACGCAAGAAAUGCCCCAUUUGCGACGCAGAAAUCACCAAAAGCAAUUUCAGUAAGCACAUCAUGAACCAUUCUUCGGGGCCCCAAAUUUGUGAGCUUUGUGGGGCGACUUUGCGCAGUUUGGAGAGUUUGAGAGGCCAUCUCUCUCAUACUCACAGUUCAGAAAUUUAUAAUUGCAACGAGUGCGGGAAAGUGUUUCAUAAACGGUACGCUUAUCGUCUCCACAUGAAGAAACACGCCGGGGAGAAGACCCACAUUUGUGAAAGUUGCGGCAAGACUUUUCUCACGCUUUUUUACUUAAAUAAACACGUAAAAACGGCGCAUCUGAAACUGCGACCGUAUAUUUGCAAAUAUUGUAAUAAAGCGUUUUCAAGUAAGUUUGCUAUGAGGACGCAUGUGAGGCAACAUACCAAUGAGACGCCGUACAAAUGCGAGGUUUGUGGGGACGGAUUUCGGCAAAAUGUGUCUUUGAGAGCGCACAGAAAGUCCAAACAUAAUAUUAUAGAGCCGAAAAAUUGCGCUUGCACUGUCUGUGGGAAGUUGUUUGGGUCAGAACAGGCUAUAAUCAGCCACAUGAGACUACAUUAAUGUCAUUGUUGUUAGUAUAACCACAGAUUAAUCAUUUAAAACAGAUAAUGUGUGGUAUAACAAUAAAAUCAUUGUUAAUUUCA